AGAAAGCUGAAAAUGCUGAUGAUAUUGAGGAGGAUGCCGAUGAAUCUGCAUCACAAAGUUUAGCCCGAUUAUAUCAAAAGCAACUCGUGCGGAUUACUGUUGCAAAGACGAAUCAAGACGAAAUUUUAUGUUGGUAUAAAUAUGCUGAAGGAUUCGAAAAAUAG